AGAGCACAUCGUCCCUGGGCCCGGGCGCGGCGGGACAGCCACCCCCCACCAUGCAGCAGGAAGCGGUCAGCUGCCGCAUGAGCGGCGCGGCCGGGGAGCCCGGCGCCCCGGGGGCCAUCACCCUGGAGGACCUGGACAGCAUGGCCGAGGAGCCGAGCCCCGACUCGGCUUAUGACAGCACCGGCUGCAGCCAGGGGGACGACGCCGAGCAGGAGCGCCUGCUCAGCUACUGGCAGAGCGUGGGCAGGGGGCACCAGGUGGACGUGCCCGGGGACAUGGCAGAGCCAAUCCAGCAACUGACGAGAAAUCAACAUCAGGAGAGAGAAAGUAUCCCAUUUACACUGAUACACCGCAAAGAAAAGUUUGGGGAAGUGCUUUACGAAAAACGUCAGUAUGGAAAAGCUAAAUGGGCUUGUAUUAAAAUGCAAGAAGAACAGUAUGAACAGAGCAUAUGUCUGGGAUUCAUGAAGCUUAUGAAAUAUAUUUGUGAGCAGAACUCUUCAGGAUUGUACUUGGGGAUGACUAUACCCAUUGUGACUCUAGUGCAUACUAAUGAAUCUCACUCAGAGUUAACACGUUCAGUGACAGUCGCAUACUACCUGCCUGAACUACUGCAGGAGCAGCCACCUCAGCCUUAUGAUUCUGACAUAAUUAUUGAAGAGUGGCCUCCUACUGUUGUUUAUACUAGGAGCUUCAGAGGGGUCACCAAUGAAGACUCUAUAAUGAGAGAAAUAAACUUCUUGGCAGAACUUCUGGAGAGCCCUGAGCUAUGUUUGCAGAAUAUAUUCAUUGUUGCAGGAUACACCAAUCCAGCUGCCGCAAAUCGACACAAUGAAAUAUGGUUCCUGCAAAGACCGUAGCCUCCCACUUCUGAUACCUAGCAUUAUCCAAAUUCAGUAUGUACACAAUGGCGCACUUAAAUUUGCGAGUGAAUCAUGUCAGGCUAGUCAACAGCUUUAUAAGUCUUUGUGAUAAACUAUACACAAUUUUAAAUCCUAUUUUCCUAAAGUACAUAUUACAGUCUGUCAAAUUAGCAUGACAAUCAAUCCAAUUUAGUUAUUGAGCCAUCAGUGUUAAUAUCUGAAAUUUUACUGCCAAUUUUGAAAAAGUCUUAUACACAAUUUCUUAUUAGAUACUUCAGUUUUACAGUUUAUCCAUAUUUCUUUGAGAUUUAUAGUACUUUUCAAAUUGAUUCAUGUAAUCUUCUUAAACAAGGGUAAAUUCAAGUCACAAACGUAUACUUCAUAAGUUCUAGUGUUAAAAUACUGAACUGUUUUUAGAUUUUUUAAAUAUUAACAUAUUAAAUAUUUUUCCAGUACAGCAUCUCUAGGGUGCCCUAAACAUUUAGCUUGAGAUUUUCAAAAGUGCUCAGUGUUGGCCCAACUCUGCUCAAAUCGAAGACCAUAAUAAAAGUUGGGAGCAGAGUCUGGUCAAUGCUGAGUGCUUUUGAAAAAUCCCACUCGAGUACAGGUUUUCCCCACACUUCUCAAAAAGAUAUUUAACCAAAAUAUUUGUCAUCUUCGAAAUAGAGUGUCCAGGAUGUGAAGAGUCAGUUGCAUUGCUCAUUCAAGUUUUGUUAGUAAAUAGUUCAGUUUUUCCUUUUUUUUUAAAUUCACUACCACACCCCCAUAUAUGACUGAAUAUUGUACUCAGCAGACAGAGGAUAGGCAUCAUUCCUGCUCAGCUGUUUAACUUACUCAGUGACAUGAACUUUAAAAACUAGAGCUUUGCCUAGAUAUUCAGAAUAUAGUAAUCAAGGCAGAUUAAUUGGCAUCACAGAAACUUGAAGGGAUAAGUCUCCUGACUGAAAUAUUGGUAUUUAGGGGUACAGCUUGUUCAGUAAGGACAGAAAAUGUGUGUGACAUCAUGGUAGGAGUCAAAUAUAGACCACCAGGAAGAGGUGAUGAGGAAUCUCUAGAAAAGACAACGGAAAUAUCAAACACAAGACCGGAUAGUAAUGGGGGAAUAACUAGGUAGACAUCCGUUGGAAAAGUAAUAUGGCAAAGCACAAGUUCUUGGAAUGUACUGGGAACAACUUGGUAUUUCAGAAACUGCAGGAAGUAACCAGGGGACAGCCAUUUUAGACCAGAUUCCAACCAAUGGGGAGGAAUUGGUAGGGAAUCUGAGGUUCGAAGGCAAUUUGGGAUAGAAUCUAUCAUUUCUUGAUCAGUUUAAGGAAAGAAAGGAGGGAGAGCAGCAGAAUAAGGACACUGCACUUCAAACAAGCAGACUUUAACAAACUCAGAACUGGUAGGUAAAGUUCCAUGGGAAGAAAAAUCUAAGUGAUAAAGGAAUUCAGGAAAUCUGGCAGUUUCUCAAGGAGACAAUAUUAUAGACAGAACAGCCAUCUAUCCCAAGUGAAGGAAAUAUAGGAAGAAUAGCGAGGGGCAAAUAUGGCUCCAUUAUGAGGUCUUCAAGGACAUGAACAUCAAAAAGGAAUCCUACAAAAAGUGGAAACAUGGACAAACUACUAGAGAGCAGUACAAAAAGAACAGCACAAGCAUGCAGGGACAAAAUCAGAAAGGCUAAGGCACAAAAUCCGUUACACUGAGCAAGGGAUAUAAAAGGCAAUUUGCAACUAUCUUUGAGAUCUUCUGGAGGAUGGGUGAGGUCCCAUAGGACUGGAGAAGGGACAAUGUAGUACCUAGCUUUAAAAAGGGGGAAAAAAAGAGGACCUGAGGAUUCUAAACCACUCAGCCUAACAUUGAUACAUGAAAGAUGCUGGAACAAAGUAUUAAUCAAUCAGUUUGUAAGUACCUGGACGAGAAUAGAGUUAUAAAGGAUAGCCAGCACAGAUUUAUCAAGAACAAAUCAUGCCAAAUCAACCAAACAUCAUUCUUUGACAGGAUUAUUGGAGGGCUAUUGGAGGGUUAUAGGAGGAAAGAUGUGAUGUAUCAUGAUUUUAGUAAGGCUUUUGACACAGUUCCAUAGGACAUUCUCAUAAGCAAACUAAGAAAAUGUGGUCUAAAUUAAAUUACUAUAAGGUGAGUGCACAACUGGUUGAAAGACCAUACUCAGAGUAGUUAUCAGUAAGGCUGCAAAUCUGUCACAGAGGUCACGGAUUCCAUGACCUCAGUGAUUUCUGCAGUGGCCAAACACACUGGCUGCUGCUGGGGCAGUCUGGGCCACCCCCCUUCCCUACUCCUAGCAGCAGCAGGAGUUUGGGUGGGGGGCAGGAGGGGGUGAGCGUUCUGGGUGGUGUUUACCUCAGAGGGGCUCCCUGGAAGUGGUGACAUUCCCCUUCCUCAGCUUCUAGGGGGAAGUGCAGCCAGGGGGCUUUGCGCACUGCUUCUGCCUGCAGGCACCAUACCCACAGCUCCCAUUGGUUGC